UGUCGUUGGCGGCAGCUGACUCUAAGGCACGAGCAUGUUGUUGCAGCGAGUUAUGUUCCUCCCACUGUUGUCUCCGUGGAGCAGGCAAACUACCAGAAAUGUGAUUGCUCGCUUCCCCGCUGUGCAGCUGGCACACUUCCGGAGCAACUCCAGUGUGGCCAAUGUGAAGGAGCGGACUCUCAUUGCCGUCAAACCAGACGGCGUCCAGCGUCGUCUGGUGGGGCAGAUCAUCCGGCGUUUUGAACGCAGGGGCUUCAAGCUGGUGGGCCUGAAAAUGCUGCAGGUGUCCGAGGAGCUGCUGUCUCAACACUACUGUCAGUUGACGCAGAAGCCUUUCUAUUCCAGUCUGGUGGACUACAUGACUUCUGGGCCUGUGGUUGCCAUGGUGUGGGAAGGGCACAAUGUGGUCCAGUCGUCACGAGUGAUGGUGGGACCCACCAACCCUGCUGCGGCCCCAGCAGGCACUGUUAGAGGAGAUUUCAGUCUUCACGUCAGCAGGAAUGUGGUCCAUGCCAGUGAUUCUCUGGAGGGAGCGCAAAGGGAGAUCGAGCUCUGGUUCCAGGGGAAGGAUCUUGUCAAGUGGGACUGCUGGGACCAGACGUUAACAUGCGAGAAGUAAAAAGAGUGACGCUAUCUCUGUCGCCGCUCGCUGCUUUAAAGGUCCUUAGAAAAAGAUGUACAGUAUUUACAUAAUAAAUUUACCUCAGGAAAUUUGUUGGUUCAAACAAACAAAAUAGUGGAGAUUUUUUUUUUCUCAUUUAAUUGCAUUUAGCUUUUGUCUUAUUGGAUGGAAAUCAGUUUGGAAUUUCAGAGGUCAGCAUGCAAGUACGGAACGGUGAACAUUUUAAAAUACAAGUAGUGAUGUAAAAUGACAUUUUAUAUUGUCAAUAAUUGCAAUUUAACUUGAUAAAUAUAAGUAUCUUAUAAUUACGUUUAAAAUCAGCCAUUUUCUUGUUUUCAUGCAUCCACUACAGUCAAUAUAGCAAUUAUAAUAUGA